CCCGCCUGGUCGCAGCCUCGCUCUUGGACAGGUAUUGCCAAUAAGGAUGCUACCAGCUUCACAACAGCGUCUUACGUACCCUCAACGCCAGGAGCUACGACAGCGCCAGCUUCUGAGGCCAGCGUAGCAUCUUCCAGCGCUACCAGCCCAAUCAAGCCAGCACAGGCAACCGUAGCCCCACGCCCUUCCCCUUGGGCAUCAAAGCAUCGUCCAAGCCUCGAGGCAAUCCUCUCCGACUCGCACAAGCGUUUCGCUGCGCCUCUUACUACGCCGCGUGGCCUCAUAAACACGGGAAACUUCUGCUUUGCCAACGCCAUUCUGCAAGUCCUCGUGUUUUGCGCGCCCUUCUACAACCUUUUCAGCACUGUAGGGGCAGAGCUCAGCGCCGACUUUGCCAAUACGACCCCGCUCAUGGAGAGCGUCGUCCAAUUCUUGCGCGAGUUUCAUCUGGCCAAUGGAGGUAAUGGCAGCAGCAGUCGCUCUCAUCACGAGACCGGCGCACCCAACGGCUUUACUCCCACUGCCGCACACUCUGAGCCAUUCGUGCCCGAGUUCGUCUAUGAGGCAAUGAGGCUCAACAAGCGCUUCGAUCUCAUGCGCCGUGGCCACCAGGAGGACGCCGAAGAGUUUCUCGGCUUCUUUCUCGACACGCUCCACGAAGAGCUUCUCGCCGCCAUUCGCAAGAGCAACGCUCGUUUGGCGUCGACCAAGGCGAGCUCCAGCAAGCAAGUGCGUGGACAAAACGGUACAGCACCCUCUGGUGGAACUGCUGAUGGCAGCGUCGACGGCGAAGGAGAGGCGGGUGAUGCCGAGGAGGAGAGUCGCGAGGUGGCACGGCCGAUGAGUCCUUCGGAGGAGGGAUGGCUCGAGGUGGGGCAGAAGGGCAAGACGGCGUUCACUCGUACUGCCUCGACGGCAGGGGAGAGCUCGCCCAUCACUCGCAUCUUUGGCGGAAAGCUGCGUUCGGUGCUCCGCACGCCCGGCGCAAAAGACAGCGUGACUCUCGAGCCCUACCAGCCACUGCAGCUCGACAUCCAGCCGUCUUCAGUACAGACGGUGGAAGAUGCCCUUCUCAACCUGACAGUCCCUGAGACGAUUCCUGGCGUUUUCUCGCCAGCGCGCGGUGGCCCAGUCGAUGCGACGAAGCAGGUCUUCAUCGAGCACCUCCCGCCCGUCCUUGUGCUGCACCUCAAGCGCUUCUUCUAUGAUGAGGCGGCUGGCGGUGUGCAGAAGAACUGUAAAGAGGUCGGAUACAGCGACGUGCUGAAGGUGGGUGGCGAGAUGGUUAGCCCGGUGAAGCGUGCAGAGGGCGCAGUCACGUACCGCCUCUUCGGCGUUGUCUACCAUCACGGUCGCUAUGCUACCGGAGGGCAUUACACUGUCGAUGUGCUCAGACAAGACGGCAGCAGCUGGGUGCACUUUGAUGAUACGAUCUUCCACACUGUGGCGCCAGAGCAUGUGGGCCGGAGGGCAGGGCAGAACCUCUCGAGCUUCGUUGGUCACGACGGUCUCGCCUACCUCCUCUUCUACCAGAGA